AUGAGAAAAGACGAUACGAUGACUUCUAUGGAUGAGGGUAAAAGGACGGAGGGGCAGACAAAAGAGACUGCCGCAGAAGGAUGCUCUGAUAAGAUUGGCGAGAUCGAAAAGGAGGACGACGCCACCCAGGGGGGGACAACUAAAAAGGAAGCAACAAAUGAACAAGAAAGCAAUGAAAUCAGUGACAAGUACAUAAAGUAUUUGGAGUGUAUAAAAAAUAACUGGUCAUCUUCCCAAGCAUCAAAAUUAUUAAACAAGAAAUUAAUUAAAUAUAUAUCUGAGCGAUUUUUAUAUAUGUCCAGUUCAUUGAAGGUUAGGGUGUUGACGAGUUUUUUUUAUCUGCCUGAUAAAUUAAGGGUAGAAAACGAGCGGUACCUGUUAUUAAUUACAGCAAAUGGUGAAAUCGAUGGUAACGGUUGGGUCAAAAAAUUUAGCAGAAUCUUAAAGCCAUUUAUCAAAACAGGCAUAAUGGAUAUUAAAGAUAUAGAUAGCCAAACCAUGCACAGAAUUUUAAAUUAUAUUGACCAAGAAAAUAAUAGCAAGAAACGUAGGACGCGUUACAUUCACAAUAAGAAGGAACUCGAGCACAUACACAUGUGCGAUCCUGUUAAUGAGUUAAAAAAUUUGGAAAACAAAAACAUUAUACAUUUGGAUGAGUACAAAAUGUUUACGCCGGCAAAAAAUUUUGACUGUCUUCUUUCAUCGAUCAUUAAGCGUGGAAUAAAGGAGUUCAAAAAUUGA